GGAGGAGCCAUGGCUGGAGAGGAGCAUUCCUCUAUAGACAGCCACCUCCUGAUCACCUCUGACACCACAGACACACACUGGAAGCAAGAGGAAGAAGGAUCCAGGUUCCUCAAUAAACCUUGGAGCCCUCAAAGUCCAGACCUUGCUCCGGUUCACGGAGAACUCUUGGAAACCACGGCUGAUCGUCUCGUGCGCUUGCUGGUACCGGACAAAAGCCUGCAGAUGUUCAUGGCCCACGUGGAGAGAGCUCUGAGGAUGGACUGCAGCCUGCCCCAGCUCAAGCAGGCCUGUGCCAAGAUGGUCUCAAAGAUUGGGCUGCUUCUAAAGGUGCUCAGUGUGAGGCAAGGGAAGCAGGGAGCCUCUGAUGGCAUGGGCCGGUGUCCUCUGCAAGAGAACAUCUACAGGCACACAGCUCUGGAGGAGGAUCAGGAGACCACAGAGAAGCCAAAGCCAGAGACCAUGGAUGAGACAAUCCCGUUCGUUGUAUUGCUGUCCGUCAUCGCAGUCAUUUUACUGAUACUGAAGGGUGUCUUCCACGUGUGUUCCCGAUGUGCUGCACCUGUUUGCCAGCAGCUAUUCAGAAGGAAAUCAUGGCUGAGAAGGUUCUGUAUAAAACUGCCACAGAGAGGGAGGAAGGAUAAGAAGGAGGCGCAGAACGUAGAGCAGAAUAGGGCAGGGAGCCCCUCUGAGUGUUGCUCCUGUUUCCCUCCUAUUCAUGGCGCUUCCCAGUGCUGCUCCCCGUUUACGAAGUCCGAAUUGCUAUGGAUUCAACGCAUCAGGGAUGCCUAUGAGGACCAGAGAAAAGCAUCCCAGGAAGACACAGAAGAAGUAUGAAGAGUAAGGAGGAAGACUUUCAAGAAGUUAAUGGGAUGCCAGCAAUUUUUCACCUCCCCUUUUAGCCGAGGCGCACUUUGGAUUCUGUUUCAUUGGCUGUUGUUAUUUCCCCGGUUGCUUUUUCCUUGACUGUUAUUUUCAUGCUGUUAUUUUCAUCCUGAGGGAAGGCCAGAGGGUGCUGCAGGCAAGCACAAGCUCUGGACACCGAGAGGAGGCAUCGGUACCUCAGGGUUUUCCUUAUCCCAUGUUGAUAUGUUCUCCCUGUAUUCAAUAAAAACAAAGUUUGUCCUUGUUCUUCCCGGUGUUGCCGAUGUAUUUGUAAAAGCAGUUUCUCUUCUCCUCAUGGAAAGGGUGGUCAGGCCUCGGAAGGGGCUGCCCAAGGAGGUGGUGGACUCGCCGGGCCAGGAGGGUGUCCUAGGGUGACGUUAUGGUGUUUGUAUCUCCAAUCGUGUGUUC